ACUCCCUCCAUAAAAUCAAAUCAAAGCAACCAAAAACAAUCAAAAACUAUACCAUGUUCAAUUCAAAUAUCAGGUUAAUCGCUGCCUUCCUCGCGCUUGCGCUUACAAAAGCAAGGAGCGAGCAACUGACUUGCAGAGAAAUCGAAGACUGCAACAGUUGCGUCCAAAAUGGGUGUGGCUGGUCAGGUGAACACUGCCGUGAAUCCUGUGAAGACAUUCCUGGGUCCAAAUGCUAUAGCUUUUUAAAGUAUCCUUUCUUGCAAACUGAACAAAUAUGCAACUUUCAAAGGGAAGAGAAGAAGGACUGGGACCUUUGUGCCUCCAACAACGACUGUCAGAGCUGUACUUCGACACACCUUUCAAAGACGCCAGGCAACUGUUUCUGGCACCAAGAACAGAAUGGCUGUUUCCCAGGGGUUAUUUCUGGCUGGUCAAUUGGUACCGACACGUGUUCGACUCCAAGCAGCAGCACUGGGCCCGCUUUCUCCGCUACCUCUUCCACUGCCAGCACUUCCUCCUCCUCAUCCACAAGCGGUACUAUCUCCUCCUCGUCAACGUCAACAAGCACGGGCAUCACUUCCAGAAGCUCAGACGCCGCCAGCACUGGUAGUGGCUACAUAACUCGAGCUGCUGCUCAACCUCAGAUUACGAAGCAAUCUCGGUCAUACAGUUUUCAGUCAUCACAGGAAGCAAGCGACGCGUGUGCACAAGUUGGAACAGGCUGCAGCUCUUGUCUUGAAAAUGGCUGUCACUGGGCUGCCAACAAAUGUGUUGCCUCCUGUAGCAGCAUUGCUGGUGCUGCAUGCUUCAGUGCCGAAACCACUGGUCGGUCACCUGAGAGCAUCUGUGCAGAAGCAGGCAACGACAAGCAAGACCAUGAGCUGUGUUCCACUCAGGAGGACUGCAAUGCCUGCACAAAAGCUGUGAAAUCAGAUGGGAAGAGCUCCUGUCAAUGGUACACUGAUGAAGCUAGUGGUUUGAGCUGGUGUGGAACAGGAGAAUGUGACAGGUUCGGAAACUGCGGAUCUGAAGCAUGCCCUGUACCCCCCACAGCACCCCAGCAGCCCUCAUUGGAAAAGUCAUCAAAGGAGGUAGAGGACAGGAUUAACCGAGAUAUCUGCCGCAGUAGCAGCAGCUGCGAGGAAUGCACCAGCAGCUUGAAAGUUGACGGUAUUAGCACAUGCACCUGGUACAUCGAUGUGGACAACAAGGGAUGGUGUGACGUUGGUGGAUGUGAUAGCAACGGAAACUGUGGAUCUUCUGACUUCAGCACUUGUGCUGCUCCAACCAACGAGGAACGGGGCAAUAUUAGGGGGUUCUCUGCCACCAAAAAGAGCCACUACUGGCUUGAGGCCUUCGCUGCCCUACCCACUAACAAUGCUCCAAAAACCCAGGAGCAUGGCAACAAUGGCGAGCCCUCUGCCAAGAACAGCCAUUCCUGGCUCAAGGCUUUUGCUGCCGUGCCCUGAGAAGGUCUGGUUGCAACAGAGAUCUCUAGAUCCAGAUCUAGAUCAUAAAGGAUAAAAAUAGAACCAAUAAUACAAUGC